GGAUUAGUGUAAAUGAGUGGUUGAUGGACAUCACAGACCCAGUGGGCUGAAGGACCUGCUUCCAUGUUGUUUUUCUCUAUGAUUCUAUGACUUUAUUGAGAACUGCCUGAGAAGGAGUGUUGUACACUGUCAAUAUCUGGCCCUACCAAUGAAACAGUGGGCAGUUAUCCAACUUUGGAUCUAUUGACCACAAUAUAAAUUGAAGGGUGUCACCUAUUCCUUUUCUCCAGAGAUGCUGCCUGUCCCGCCGAGUUACUCCAGCAUUUGUGUCUAUCGUUGGUGUAAUCCAGCAUCUGCAGUUCUUUCCCACACAUAUCAGUUGAAAUGAAGGACUUGCUUACUGGUAGAAAUUAUUUUGCUGCAGUGUUGCUUUAAGAACAGGUGGCUGGGCAGGAAGCCUGAUACCCAGGCAGCAGCCGCAGCACUGUGCUGCCAGAGAGGAUAAAUAUAACUACUGCACACAGCGGGGGGAUGAUGGUGUAAAUAAAGACACAACACCCACACACGGCUUUGACAGCCCAGCUCCUCGCCUGUACAAGUCCUCUGUUUGUUUCAAGUGAAGUCUACAGUUGGUGAAGAAUCUGCCGAAAAAAAACAUUUUUAAACUUCCAAGAAGUUAUUUGAAGAGCUGGGAUAAGUUUGUGCUCGGAGUAUAUGGGAGGCGUUGGAUCAGAUUGAAGAGCCCUGUUGGUAGGAACAAGAUCGCAAGAAAAAUCGCUGCUCGUCUACAGAGCAAAAGACCUUGGAAAAGUCACUCAGCCCCAACUGUGUUUGAUGGCGAUGGCCGCCACCGGUCUGUAGAAGCAUCCAACUUUCUGCAAGAUCCCACAAUGGUGCGGAACGUGGACGACUUUGACUUCUGCCUGCCCUCCCACUCACAGAGCCUCCUGGAGGGGUUGAGAACCCUGAGGUCCAACCCCAAACUCUCGGAUGUGACCCUGCUGGUGGGCGGCCAGGAGUUCCCCUGCCACCGGAGCGUGCUGGCACUCUGCAGCAUGUACUUCCACACCAUGUUCACGGGGGACUUUGUGGAGAGCAUCUCGGCCCGGGUGGAGCUCAAGGACGUGGAUCCGGCCAUGAUGGAGACCCUGAUAGACUUUGCCUACACGGGGAAGCUGACCAUUAACCAGCAGAACGUGCAGUCUCUGACCCAGACGGCCAACCGGCUUCAGUUCAGCGCAGUGCAGAAGGUGUGCAGCCGUUAUCUCCAGCAACAGAUGGACCCCACCAACUGCCUAGGCAUCUACGAGUUUGGAGAGAUCUAUGGAUGUCCCGAGGUGAUCGUUAAGGCACGCUCUUUCCUUCUGGAGAAUUUUGAGGCGGUGUCUCAGAGUGAGGAGUUUCUGCUGCUGGGUAUCGAGAGACUCCUGGCCUACCUGGGGGCUGAGAUGUUGCAGGUCCAAGAGGAGCAAAGCUUGGUCCAAGCCCUCCUCAGGUGGAUAAGAUACAACGAGGUGGAGAGGAGAGGCUUCCUUCCCAAGCUCUUUGAGCUAGUUCACCUUCCACUGCUGUCUGUGGAAUAUCUGAGAGACCAGCUCUUGCCCGACAAACUCAUUCAGGAGUGUGAACACUGCAGAAAACGGAUUGAAGGCUUCCACAACAAGGCUGAAGCCCGGCAAAGACCUGAACCCGGUCUCAAGAAAUUUCAGGAGGUUCUGGUAGUCAUUGGAGGACGGGCAUUGGAGGACUCGGAUGAAGAUUUUGAAGAUAAUGAGAUCUUGUCAAGAAAUUGUGCUUUUUACAACAUUAGGACCAAGCAGUGGUCCGCUCUGCCAGACUUCCCAGAUUAUAACAAGUGGGGAUUUGCCAUCACAGCACUGAACAAUGAUGUCUACAUCACGGGAGGCUCCAGAGGCAGCAAGACAGAUACAUGGUCGACCACACAGGCUUGGAAAUUUGAUUCCAAAGAUGGGGGCUGGAAGCCCAUCGCUCCAAUGCUCAAACCCAGAACCAACCACACGACGGCAGCACUAAAUGGAGAAAUCUACGCCAUUGGAGGAACGACAUUGAACGUUGUGGAGGUGGAACGCUAUGACCCCUACGUCAAUAGUUGGACUCCGAUUGGUCCCACAGUGAAGUACGUGACUAACUUCACAGUCACAGGAUGCGGGGGAAAGCUCUAUGUGAUUGGUUCAUGUGCAGCCAAGUACAAUGUACUCACUUUACAGUGUUAUAAUCCUGUCAUAGAUAACUGGAGUGUCAUUGCAUCUCCCUUCAUUCCAAAAUACCUCUCAUCUCCCCGGUGUGUGGCAGUGGAUGGAGUGAUUUAUUUAAUUGGAGACAACACAAAGAAAGUCUACGCAUAUGAUUCCGAGGCCAACAUCUGGCAGAAGGUCCAACUGCUCCACAAAUUACAUGAAAAUGGUGGCAUGGUGGCGAUUGCUGGGAAGAUCUAUGUUACGGGUGGCCACUGGAAGGGAAUGGAAGGUGACUACAGCGUGGAGUUGGAAGAAUAUGAUUGUGCUAAAGAUGUGUGGACUAUUGAUAGUUUCCUGCCACGCCUCUGGUUUUACCAUGGGUCUUGCUCCAUUUUCAUUGACACAUCCAGGUGGACUGAACGGUUUCCGAUAAACAACACCUAGUCAACACUUGCCUGGGGGCUCACACCAUUAACAGCAGUUCAAGAGUGUGUUAUGGAGCCCACUGUCCCAAGGGGUUUUAUACGUUGUACACGCUCACUUUUUCAGCUUUGCCUUCCCGUCUGAAGCGAUUUUCUAUGAAAAACCUCUCCGAAGGCCUGCCAUUGAAUGAAGGGUGUAAGCUAUAGUUUCAGGUAUCACCUUGCCAAUCACCCAACAUGUCCUUCAGCUCGCACAAGAUCUACCCAAACACGUUUCACUUCAUAACUGGAGGCACAAAAUUGCAGCUGCUGGAAUCUUGAACAAAGAACAAAGUUCUGAAGGAACUUAGCAGGACUGGGAAAUGGAAUAUGUGUAUGGGAGGGGAUCGGUAGAGGUGGGAAUUGAACAUACGGAGGAGGGAAAGGAGCAGGUAGAUUGGGAUGAUGGGAGAAGGUGGGAGAAAUAUGUGUGUAUUCUGUUUCUUUCCCCCCAUUCAUACACUCAUCUACUACCUUUCCCACCCCACCCACCUCCCCAUCUCCUCGAUCCCCAUUUCCAUUUUAUCUCCCUCUUUUUUCCCCCCUGUUCCCUUCCAUGCAUAUCCCUCCGGCUUUAUACUUCACUCCUCUUCUUUCCUUCUCUGAUACCUCUUUGUCUAACUUGCACCUCUAACUUUUGUCAUCCCCACUCAUCUGCCAAUCACACCCCCUCACAUGUAUCCACCCAUCAUCUGCCAGGCUUUGACCCUCUCCCACCCACCACUCCAUCAGUCUGAAGAUGUGUCUGAACCCAAAACAUGCUGCUGCCUGACCCGCUGAGUUCCUCCAGUACUUUGUUUUUGGCUCAAGAUUCCAGCAUCUGCAUUCUCUUGUGUUUCCUGUAUUUUUAUUCACUUAUCAACUGUUGUUUCGCUGUUUAACCUAUGAGCAGGAAGGAAAUUAUGAUUUCAUAUGAAUUGUUCCUGGCAUCUUGGAAACAAGCCUCAUUAACUUAUCAUUAAUGGGUAAAUAUUGAUACUCCUUUGCUUUUCAGCACUGCUGAAUGAGGUUUAAGUUUAGUUUAGAGAUACAAUGCAGAAACAGGUGCUUUGGCCCUCCAAGUCCGCACCAACCAGCGAUCACCGCACAUGAACACUAUCCGACACAAGCUUGGCACAAUUUACAUUUAUACCAAACCAAUUAACCUACAAACCUGUAUGGCUUUGGAGAGUGGGAGGAAAGUGAAGAUCUCGGAAAAAAACCCACGCGGUCAUGGGGAGAACAUAUAUACUCCAAACAGACAAGCAGCCACAGUCAGGAUUGUACACAGUACAGGUCUCUGGUGCUGUAAGCGCUGUAGGGCAACAACUCUACCGCUGUGCCAGCGUGCUGCCCGAGGUAGUUAAGACAGGUACUAUAACAGCAUUUAAAAGACAUUUGGAUGGGUACAUGGAUUUAGAGGGAUAUGGGCCAAACACAAUGGGGUACCGUGGCUGGCAUGGACAAGUUGCGCUGACGAGAUGGUUAAUAUACCAUUUCUAAUUGAUUUGUGUACCUGUGCUUUAGUUUUCAGAGAUUUUCUUUAGGUACAAGUACAAUCUAAAUCUCUGAACAGCAGCAUUUAAUAAAUUCUCACCUGUUAAAAAUAUCACCUUUCUUAAUUUCAUCCUGCAUCCAUGGUGUAAAAUGUGUCAAAUGGCCAUGUUAACACCUUGUUCUUUGGCUCUAACAUUAAUUCCAGAUACUUUGAUCACAUAAAUGUUAAACUCUCAGUACAAGACACAGACAUGACUAUGGACCACAUUUAGACCCACCACCUUUUUUAACUUCUUCCUACCAAAAUCAAUAAACUCAAAUUUUUCCACAUUAUACUUCACUUGCCACCUUCUUGCUAAUCCACUUCCUCAACCCAUUAUCCUUUAUAAACUCUUUGUGACCUCUACAAUUUAACCUUACAACUUACUUUGGUAUCAAAGCUAAUAUGAUGCACUUUACAUUUGCUGCCUUCAAUUUGAACAAUGUACUAACUGAGGCCUCUUCAGCAGCCGUGUUGCAACCCACUGGCUACAGCCAGACAACCUGAUAAUAACCUAUUUCAUUCUACUUUCUAU